ACAGGAAAAUUAAAUGGAAAAUUGACUAGCGCAAGAAGAGUAGGUGGAACGAUUGGAAACGGGUUGCGAUGCGUCAGCGGUUGCAGCUACCUUUUCUUCCCUCACCUCUCAUUCUCUCUCAAUUCGUAAAUCUCACCUACCCAAAACACCCCUCUUCUCGUAUUUAUUGUUUCACUCUCUCUUCGCCUUCUUUCCUCAAACAGAAACUGCAACUUCUCUCUCUCUCUCUCUCUCCCUCUCUCUCAAUUCACUAACGCAAACGGAGUAGCUAGCAGUUAAUCGAUCAACGAUGUUGUCGGUGGCAGCCGCCGAAGCUCAGAAUCCAGAGCUCUCAUCUCACGCGCUGCCGCAAACUCGAUCACCGGAAGAAACUCAUAUCUUCGUUUCCAAACUCCCCACCAUUCCCAUCUCCAAUGAUAUCCCACUCCACACAUACUGCUUCCAGAAUUACGCGCAGUACCCCGAUCGCCCCUGCCUCAUCGUCGGCACCGGCGCCGGAAAAUCCUACACCUUCGCCGAAACGCACCUCAUCUGCCGGAAGGUCGCCGCCGGCUUCUCCAAUCGCGGAAUUAAGAAAGGCGAUGUGAUCAUGGUGCUCCUCCAGAACUGCGCCGAAUUCGUCUUCACGUUCAUGGGGGCUUCCAUGAUCGGCGCCGUCACCACCACCGCCAAUCCUUUCUGCACCUCCAAUGAGAUCUUUAAGCAGUUCAAGGCCUCCAAAUCGAAGAUGAUCGUCACGCAGGCUAUGUACGUCGACAAGCUCCGCGACACCGGCGACGAGUCCAUCGUAUUCGGCGAGGAUUUCUCCGUCGUCACCAUCGACGCCCCGCCGGAGGGAUGCCUGCCUUUCUCCGCGCUCUCGGAGGCCGACGAGGCCACCGCGCCGGAGGUCGAGAUCGAUCCGAACGACGCCGUCGCACUGCCGUUCUCCUCCGGGACCACCGGACUGCCCAAGGGCGUGAUCCUCACGCACAAGAGCUUGAUCACCAGCAUCGCGCAGCAGGUCGACGGCGACAACCCUAAUUUAUACCUCAAGCCGGACGACGUCGUUCUCUGCGUGCUGCCGCUCUUCCACAUCUACUCCUUGAAUUCGGUGCUUCUCUGCUCGCUCAGAGCCGGCGCCGGCGUUCUGCUUAUGCAGAAAUUUGAGAUCGGCUCGCUGCUGGAGCUGAUUCAGCGGCACCGCGUCUCGGUGGCGGCGGUGGUGCCGCCGCUUGUGCUGGCGCUGGCGAAGAAUCCGCUGGUGGACAACUUCGAUUUGAGCUCGAUCAGGAUGGUGCUGUCCGGGGCGGCGCCGCUGGGGAAGGAGCUGGAGACGGCGUUGCUCAGCCGUCUGCCGCAGGCAGUUUUUGGACAGGGUUAUGGCAUGACUGAGGCCGGGCCGGUAUUAUCUAUGUCCCCGUCGUUCGCGAAGCAGCCACUACCAACCAAGUCCGGCUCCUGCGGCAAUGUCGUCCGCAAUGCCGAGCUCAAGGUCGUCGACCCCGACACCGGCUGCUCCCUCCCCCGCAACCAACCGGGCGAAAUUUGUAUUCGUGGACCCCAGAUCAUGAAAGGGUACUUGAAUGAUGCGGAGGCGACUGCUAGAACCGUAGACGUGGACGGUUGGCUCCACACCGGGGACAUCGGAUAUGUGGACGACGACGACGAUGUUUUCAUUGUAGACAGGGUGAAGGAACUCAUCAAAUUCAAAGGCUUUCAGGUCCCACCAGCUGAACUGGAGGCUCUUCUCAUCUCCCAUCCCCAAAUUUCUGAUGCUGCCGUUGUACCGCAAAAAGAUGAAGCUGCUGGUGAAGUUCCCGUGGCUUUUGUAGUUCCAUCAAAUGGAUCCGAACUAACUGAAGAAGCUGUCAAAGAAUUCAUUUCCAAACAGGUUGUGUUUUAUAAGAGACUGCACAAAGUGUACUUUGUUCACGCCAUUCCCAAGUCGCCAGCUGGUAAAAUAUUGAGGAAAGAUCUGAGAGCCAAACUUGCUUCUGCAGCUUCCCCCACAUCUUAAUUUUAUAUUCAACCUUCGGAAGUAUUUUAUUUAGAUCUAUAUAUCAUUUCUUGCCUCGCCUCUAUUGCCAAAUUUCCUUGUUUAUAUAAUUUAUUUGUCAUAAGCAAGCAGUUUUUUAUCAUGUAAUUUUUUUUUUUUUUUUUUUGGAGACAUCAAUUGUUUGUAUUCGUUAUGUCAUGCAUUCGAUCCAUUAAAUAUUAAUUUGCAAUAAAUAAGUUAUGUGGUGAUCUUUCUUAA